UGACACGCGAUGAGGUAAUAGCUAAUCUAAGUUGAGCAGGAAACACCCGAAAAUCGUGGCGAACGUGCGCGUUUUACACAAAAAAUAAACGACGCCAGUAGUGCGUAUCUCUCGCUUCUGAAAGCAGAAUCUUGGUAAUUAAAAGUUUGAAUAUUUUCGUGGGAAAUAUUUUGAUUUUUCAUUAAAUCUAUAGUGAGUUUUUUUUACAGGUAAAAAGCUCCAAAAUGACCGAAUCCCCUCAACCGCCCACGCCCGAACUCAAAAACCUCACCAUCGAGGGCGAAAUAAGCGACCGACCGACAACUCCAGCGUCUGUAACUCUUACAGAACAAUUCAAAGCCUUCGCUAAAUUCGGUGAUCCAAAAUCAGACGGAAAACAAAUCACUUUGUCCAACAGCGAUAAAUGGAUGAAACAAGCUAAAGUUAUCGAUGGUAAAAAGAUCACAACGACAGACACAGGAAUCUAUUUCAAAAAACUCAAAUCCAUCAAAGUCGGCCUGGUGGACUACAAAAAGUUCCUAGAAGACCUGGCCAAAAACAAAAAAGUCGAAAUCGAAGAAAUCAAAACAAAAUUGACCAAUUGCGGCCUGCCAGGACACCACGGAGUUGGAGUUGUUAAAAAUACCAGCACCGUUGACCGAUUGACCGACGCUUCAAAGUUUACUGGAACUCACAAGGAAAGAUUCGACGAUACUGGAAAAGGCAAAGGAAUCGCUGGAAGAAAAGACCUUGUUGAUUCGUCGGGUUAUGUUAGUGGUUAUCAAAACAAAGACACUUUUGACAAAAAAGCAGAAUAGAUUUUAUUAUUGGUUUACAACGUGUGACAUCUUUUUUGGGUCCAAAAAGAAAAUCAAUUUUAAUUUAUUUUAGGUCUUCCUACAAUAGUAAUUAAUACUUCCAAAUUUCGUACAAUUUAUGUUGAUCACGUUGUGAAACUAAAAGGCAACUUAUUAUUGCUAUGUGUGUUUUAGUACUUAAGUUCUAUUCCUCUUUUAACAUUUUAUUCCAAAAUUAGUUUAUUAUAAGGCAUAUUUAAUAUAUAAAGACUAUUUUUCGUUUUUAUUGAAGCAAUAAAUGAUUUAUUUAUUAGAUGAUUAUUU